AUGGAUAGAUCACUGCUUGAUCUGAAGGCCACUGCUCGAUGUGCAUCUGGACUAGCUGUGUUCUGGAUUGUGAGGCCUCUAGCCAUGAACCCUUCACCCAAAGCACUAGCUGUGGUUGUGUUGUGUUUUGUACUGAUGAUGAGCAAGUCGUACUCGAGUGUCUUGGAAGUGAAGUUGGAGGAGGCUUUGCUUAUCGAUCCAUUGAAGCAUGAUGCUCUGUGGUGUUUGGGAAAUGCCCACACCUCCCAAGCAUUUCUCACUCAUGACGUUGAUGAGGCAAAGGUAGCUUUUGAUAAGGCAUGUGGCUGUUUCCAAAAGGCAGUAGACGAGGAUCCAUCUAACGAGCUCUAUUGCAAGUCCUUAGAAGUCACAGAUAAGGCACCAAAGUUGCACAUGGAGAUCCACAAGAAUGGGCUUGGUCAACAGACUAAGGGUGGGGCAUCUUCUGCUUCUACUUCUGUUAAUGAAAAGUACUCGUAAGGAUGGGAGUGUAACUGCACU